UAUAUUCCUGAUUCGAAAUUUCGCGUGUCUGAGCUGUAACCCUUUUCUUAAAUAGAACCCCUAAUUUGCUCCAUUUUCCCUCUCCGUAAAAUACUUUAUAUUGGAGAAUACAUACGAAUAUAUGCAUGUAUUUAGAUGCUCUGGAUUUAGUUUUGCAACAAGUAGUCGGCGGAGCUCAGCCUCGGCAGCGCCAGCCUUAACUCCUCUCCCGAUCUCAAACUCCCGGCAAUUUUGUGGUUUGACGUUUUCCACUACCUUCUUUUUUAAGGCGGGGCAGAUUAUAUGUGUGGAGAAGAACGACUUGAGGCGCUGAGGAUUUUGCUGUGGUUGAGUUGACUUUCCGAUUUCUUGGUGGCGGCGACUUGGAAUUGGAAGCUGUGGAAUGGGUUCGGAUAGCUAUCGGCAACAAGCCCAGUUGCCUUGGAUGAAUUUGCAGCAAAAGUACAGCAAAGCUGCCGGCUAUAUGCAUAAGUUCAAGCUUUAUGAGACAUUCUCGAAAUUUUACAUGAUUGGAUGGGACAAGAAUAGAACGUUUUGGAAGGUUUUAAAGAUAGACAGAUCAGAGGCUAGUGAUCUCAACAUUGUUGAAGAUUCUGUUGUAUACUCUGAAGUGGAGUUUUAUGAUCUCUUACAGAGAUUACAUGAUGGAAACAAGUCCACUGGUGGACUAAAAUUUGUUACCAUGUGUUAUGGCAUUGUUGGGUUCGUCAAAUUUUUGGGACCAUAUUACAUGCUUCUUAUUACCAAAAGAAAGAAGAUUGGCAUGAUUUGUGGUCAUGCUGUGUACUCCAUCAUCAAGAGCGAGAUGAUUCCAAUUCCAAACUCUACUAUCAUGUCCAAUAUGGCAUUAUCUAAGAAUGAGAACAGAUAUAAGAAGCUCGUACGCACAGUGGAUCUCACGAAGGACUUCUUUUUCAGCUACUCCUACAAUAUUAUGCUUAGUUUUCAAAAGAAUCUAUGCAAUCAUGAGACAGGAUUAGGUGUUUAUGAUACAAUGUUUGUGUGGAAUGAGUAUUUAACUCGCGGAAUCCGCAAUCAGCUCAAGAAUACGAUGUGGACGGUAGCGUUAGUGUAUGGGUUUUUUAGACAGGUGAAACUUUUGGUAUCUGAAAGGAUUGUAUUUUUGACACUCAUUGCUAGGCGCUCUCGUCAUUAUGCUGGAACCAGGUACUUGAAACGAGGAGUAAAUGAGAAAGGUCGUGUUGCAAAUGAUGUUGAGACUGAACAAAUUGUUCUUGAAGAUAGUCAUGAAGCAUGUUCACCACAAAUAAGUUCUGUUGUGCAAAAUCGGGGUUCAAUACCACUCUUCUGGUCACAGGAAACUUCACGACUUAAUUUAAAACCAGAUAUUAUAUUGUCUAGGAAGGAUAGCAAAUAUGAAGCCACUAAACUUCACUUUGAGAAUCUUGUUAAGAGAUACGGAAAUCCAAUUAUUAUUUUGAAUUUGGUUAAGAAUCACGAGAAGAAGCCUAGAGAAUCAAUUCUCCGUGCAGAGUUUGUCAAUGCUAUUGAAUUUAUUAAUAAGGAUCUAUCUAAGAAGGGCCACUUGAAGUUUCUGCAUUGGGAUAUAAAUAAACACUCCCAAAAAGCUAGAAGUUUAUUGGCACGUUUGGUAGAUGUGGCUGCUUAUGCAUUAGAUUUGACAGGCUUCCUUUAUUGUAAAGGAGUGCAGUCUUCAAAAAAUGAUGAAUUGCUAGAUUGGUUGUACUUUGGUAAUAAUGAGUGGGAUCAUGUUGAGAAGGUCGCUUGUAAUACAAGUACCAAAACUGAAAUUCAUGAAAGUACUCGUGGCAGUGGCAGAGAUAAUGUUGGGAAGUACGUUAUGUUCCAAAGUGGUGUUCUUAGAACAAAUUGCAUAGACUGUUUGGAUCGAACAAAUGUUGCUCAAUAUGCGUAUGGGCUAGUUGCUCUUGGGCGUCAACUACAUGCUUUUGGAUUUGUGGAUGCACGUACUAUUGAUAUAGAUUCCCCUCUCGCUGAUAGCUUAAUGAAAGUUUAUGAAGAAAUGGGAGACACCCUUGCACUACAGUAUGGUGGUUCUCCAGCUCACAAGAAGAUAUUUGCAGCAAGGAGGGGCCAGUGGAAAGCAGCAACACAAUCCCAAGAGUUUUUUAGAACUCUUCAACGGUAUUAUAGCAAUGCCUACAUGGAUGCUGAGAAACAAGACUCGAUUAAUGUGUUUUUGGGGCAUUUCCAGCCAGAGCUGGGUAAACCAGCUCUAUGGGAGUUGGAUUCAGAUCAGCAUUUCAAUGUUGGAAGACAUGGCUCUGAUUUUGUUGGUGAAAAUUCUAGGUUAUUAAUGAAAAGAUCUUUGUCAGAUGGAAAUAUUCUCUGUGAAAGCAAUUCACCUAUUGAAGAUGGUAAUGUUGAACAGAAUCAAGAUUGUGAUAAAAUAUUGCUUCACGAAGCAGAAAGUGGUAAUACUGUGCAUUCUGAGUCCUCUCCAGAAAUCUCAACUUCGAAAAGCAACAUAUCAUAUUCCAGUUAUACACCAUCAAUGUCUUCUAGGAAGCUGUUUCCAGUUGGGACACUGGACCCCGAAGAUGAUGCUAUAUGUUUUCAUGAUCUAGGGGAUUCACUUGAUUGUUCAAAUUUUGUUGAUAUUGACUGGCUUUCUUCAUCUGGAAAUUCUAUUGAAGAAGAGACUUAUGAAAGAUCUGCACUUAUCAGCACUCCGUCUGCUGAUCUUACGUCCUAUUGCGAUGUAAACAAGUUUAAAGGAGAGAGAAGCUGUUCAGCUUAUGCAUCCAGUUUGAGCAUCAAGGAGAAGGAAGAUACUGGUGGUAAUGUUAGCGUUGGUGCUGGUGAGGUUUCUGAAUUUUCGGAGUCAUUCGUCAAUUGGGUUAUCCACGGGGAUAUGCUUUUCCCUUGAAGAUCAACCAUGGUCCCUUGCAGUUAAUUUGCCAUCAUCAUUUAAUUACACCCCAUCCGAAGGAUGUGGAUUACUUAUACUCCGUCAGCAUCAGGUGAUCAAAAUUAGGAGAGAGCAAAGAAAUCGGAAUUUCAGUUAAAGGUAGAUAAACUAAUUGAAGAUGCUCUUAGGUUGUAAAUUUGCAGCAAUUCGUCUGCCAAAAUCCCCCCUGUGAACAACAUCGGCCACAAAGAAUAAAAAAGCAAAAAAAAAAAACGAAAUUCUUUUCGGGCUCUUAGCUCCCAGUUCCUCAUUACUAGACUAACAAUUCUUUAGAGUCCGUGCUCUUGUGAAUAUACAUGUAUUGUUUGGAGCUUCAGUAAGAAACUUUUGGAUGUAUCAUAUUUCCAUUUCUUUUUUAGCCCUUACAAGUUUUUA